UUUUUACAUUUCUGAAUUUCUCAUUUCUCUUUCUUUCUUUCUUUCUCUCUCUCCUUCCUUUCUCCCUUUUUUUUUUCUUAACUUAUAAAAUAGCAACAUUGGAAAUAAUAUUACGGAAUUUUUUAUCAUUGAUGGAUAGAAUGUUUAAUGCAACAGGGGUUGAGAAUGAUAAUUUAGACUAUGAUGGUAAAAGCAAUAAAAAGAAACGUUGAAAUAAAUAGAAAAUAAUAAAAAAAAAAGUAAUGAAUUCCAAACUCAGUCUUUAUCUUUCUUCAUGUUUUUCAUUAAAAAAAUAAAGAUAAUGAUUCACAAUCAAACAGUGAUGAUUCACUCCAAGGUUGGAUUAGUUGGUUUUGUUCACUUUCAGGGCAUAAUUAUUAUGUUGAAGUUCCUGAAGAGUUUAUAGAAGAUGAGUUUAAUUUGACUGGACUUUCAGCGAUUGUGCCGUUUUAUAAUGAAGCACUAGAAAUGAUAUUAGAUAUUGAACCUGAAGAAAUUUCAGAUGAAGAAGAAGAAGAAGAAAAUGAUAAUGAAGAAGAAGAGGAUGAUGGAUUUUGGAAAGAAAAGCCAUUACAACGUCGUCAUAAAGGUUGGGUAGAUCCAAACGUGAUUGAGCCUUAUGCAAUUAUGCUCUAUGGACUUAUUCAUCAACGUUAUUUAUUAACACGUAAUGGGUUGCGUAUUAUGGCAGAACGUUAUUCGAAUGAAUAUUUUGGUGUUUGUCCUCGUUAUUAUUGUUAUAAAUGUCCUGUUAUUCCCUGUGGUCGUUAUGAUGAGAUAUCACGUGAAAGUGUUCGAUUAUAUUGUCCAUCUUGUAUGGAUCUUUAUUAUCCGUCUAAUCCUUUAUUUCAAAAUAUUGAUGGUGCCUAUUUUGGAACUACUUUUGCACAUUUAAUGUUUGAAACAUAUCCUGAGUUAACUCCAAAGGCUAAACCACAUAUAUAUCAACCACGCAUUUAUGGAUUUAGAAUAAAUGAAAAAUCUCGAUCUGGUCCUAGAAUGCAGUGGCUAAGAAUGAGACCUGAGGAAUAUAUUGAAUAUAGUGAAGAAGAAGAAAACAGAGAAGAAGAAGAAGAAGUAGCGGCUAAUAAGUUAUUAGUGAAUCCAUUGCGGGCAGUGGAUCAACAAAAGGUAGCAGAAGAUGGAACUGCAAGUCUUACAAAUAAGGUUGAAAGAUGGAGGGUGAAAGAUAUAACGAGUAUAAAUCAAUUAUUCCGAAGGUUCUUUUAAAACAUGAAAUUACUCUUCUUCCAUUAAAGAAACCUUGUAUGGACAAGGAGGGGGAAAAAAUAAAAUAAAAUACAUUACAUAAUAAACAGA